GGAAUGGCGUGUGAGGGGGGCCAGAUCCCCUCAGAAAUUCCCUGAGGGAAUAUGGCGCGUAGGGAGGGACAGGGUGGUUUCCUGAGGAUUUGUGCUGUGGGGGAUGAAGCUGCUCCACGAAGGGGUUGUAGACUGUGCCCAGCAGGAGGAGGGGGCUGCUGCUGGGGAGCUCAGGAUGAGGCAGGUGGAGUUCAGCUGCUUUUCAGCUCGGCUAUUUUCAGGCAGAUUAGUGGGAAACAACACCUCAACAAAUGUUGCAGAUCUAGAGAGGGAACUUGUGAAACUCAAGAGAAGCUUUGGUCAUCACUGUGGAAUUCCUGGCAUGAGAAGGCAGAGCGUCAGGGUGGAGAGAAGAUCCUUGCUGAACUGCUGUAAUGAUGAAGACAGCGAUUUUAAUUGUCUUAAUCAUCUUCUCUUUGCUGGUUUCCGGGAAGAAAUUCCGAUGGUGCACCCUUUCUGACCUGGAACAAAGAAAGUGUGCUGAGCUCUCCAAAGCGCUUACGGCUGUGCUGCCCUUCACUACUGCCAGUUCCUUUACUAGGAUUUCUUGCAUCAGAGCCCACAAUACAUAUGACUGCAUUGAUAAAAUCAGGGCAAAUAAAGCAGAUGCUGCCUCCUUGGAUGCUGGAGAUAUUUACUCUGCUGUAAAGCUGUAUGGUUUGGCCGUGGUGGCAAAGGAGAUCUAUGAUCAAGGAAACUGUGUGUUUGCUGUGGCCAUUGCCAAACGAGGAACUCUGGAUAUCCAGAGUCUACGAGGUGUGCGCAGCUGUCACAAUGGAGCCAGGUGGACAUCAGGCUGGAAUAUUCCACUUGGCUUUCUCCUUGCAAGAAAUUAUCUUUCCUGGGAUGAGGCACAACCUCUGAGGCAAGCAAUCAGUGAGUACUUCAAUGCAAGCUGCAUCCCUGGGGUUGGUGUUGCUGCUCCCCGUUUGUGUGCUCUCUGCCAAGGACAAAAAUCCUAUGUCAGAGACAGGAACCACUUCUGUGAGACAAGCAGCAAUGAACCCUUCUACGACUCCGACGGAGCCUUCAGGUGCUUGAAGGAUGGAGUGGCAGAUGUUGCCUUUUUAGAUCACCUAAGAAUUAUGAGUGCCACAGAGUCAGAACAACAGGAAUAUGAACUCUUGUGUCCUGAUGGCUCCACAGCUGAGCUGACAGAACACAGCACCUGUAACCUGGGCAAGGGGCCUGGCCGUGGCAUCGUCACCCGCAACAACUUCCAGAAGAUCACCAACAAAUUCCUUAGCAUGAUCCAACGCCUCUUUGGGCGUAAAGGAAAGGAAAGAGCCAGGUUUGAACUCUUCAGUUCAGCAGCCUUUGGGGGAAAGAAUCUGCUGUUCCGAGAUGCCACUCAGCACCUGCAGCUUCUCGAGGAGCAGCUGGAGAUUGCCUAUGUCCUUGGUCUGGAUUAUGUAGCUCUCCUUAAGGGACUUGGCCAUGAAGGGAGCUCUUUGGACAACAGCGUUGUGCGCUGGUGCUGCAUCAGUGAUGCUGAGCUUCGCAAAUGCGAGGAGUGGGCACUGAACAUCAAAUCCGACCCAUUAGUCUGUCUCCAAGCAAACUCCAUGACCAAAUGCAUUGAGAUGAUCAAGAGUAGUGAGGCUGAUGCAGUCACCCUGGAUGCAACACACGUUUACAUCGCAGGGAGGUGUGGACUGGUGCCUGUAGCUGCAGAAUGCUAUGGGGGAGAUUGUGCCCCAGCAGCUGAGACCAUGGAGAAAACAGGGAAACAAAUUCAUCUUAAGCACAAAGCACUACCACCAGUUUAUGCUGUUGCCCUAGCUAAGAAAAGUGCCAAACAGAUUCACAUCCAUAACCUUAGGGGAAGGCGGUCCUGCCACAGUCACCUGUAUAGUCCUGGCGGAUGGUUACUUCUGUCCAGACACACAGUGGGAGCUCAGCAGAAUGACACUGACAACUGUGAUAUUGCCUCUGCUUAUCAGAAUUACUUUUGGAAGGGCUGCAUGCCAGGAGCAGAUGGAAACCUGUGCAAGGUGUGCAUUGGAGAUGGUGAGGUGGAAGGAGCUCGGGUGUCCAGCAGAUGUGCUGCAAGUCACAACGAACGUUACUACGGCAAUAUGGGAGCACUCAGGUGCCUAGUUGGCAAUCCCAGUGGAAGAAGCUUUGGAGAUGUAGCUUUCCUGGAACACUCAAACCUGCUCCAGAAUAUAGAGGAUCUGGGCAGCUCUGGUUGGGCAAAAGGUUAUACUGCCCUUGACUUUGAACUCUUGUGUCCGGACGGAACACGCGCUGCAGUCACAGAAUGGGCUGGCUGUAACCUUGGCCCCAUUCCCCCCAGCGCAGUCAUGACUCGACCAGUCACUGUCACUAAAAUCUCUGAGUUUCUACUGAAAUCUCAGGAAUCACUGGGAAGCAAAUUGGAUUCUGAAUUCCAACUCUUUCAGUCAUGGAAGUAUGGUGAAAAUGAUUUGCUUUUCAAAGACACUACACAGUACCUUGUUCAUGCAAGUCACCUGAGCUAUCAGGAGAUUCUUGGAGAGUCUUUUGUUCAACUGGCGGAAUCAGUGUUUAAUUGCACACCUGCAGGUAUCUUGGAUUUCUGCAAACAGGAUAUCUGUGCAUCCUCAUCCAACUGACAGCUCAUACAGAGGCUUUGCAAGGCAUGUAACAUCAGCAUCAUUGCUGGUUGAACAAGGAAAAUGUGCAAGUCCAGCCAAUCCAAAGCAAUCAGCAAGGAAACAGUCAUCUCUAAAAAUGUAUGCUGAACACCUUCUUGUCUUUUUUUUCAGCAGAUUUUAUGUUUAUGAUGAUAUAGUACUAUUCAUAUGUUGCCCCUUUCUUUUUUGGAGCACAGCAGCAUGGGAAACAGCACAACCAACAGCACAGAACUAGGACCAGCAUUGUGGAAAGAGCAGGGCCAGUACCAUGGACUAAAAUACAGACUGGUAUGAGUGGCACAGGUUAGUUGGUAGCAUUUUGCCUUGUCUGUCUUGUAAACAGUUUCCAUGCAAAAACCCCAAUCAGCUGACAUUUUGGUGGUUGUGACAUCGUCUUCCUGUAUCUGUGAUUUUGGCUGCAGCUAGGUAGUCCCUGCUGAAUACACGUAUGUAUUUCUUCUUUAACCAACGAUUUUUACUAGUAAAUCAAAACAUUUUUCCUCACAAAUAAAUGUAUUAAGAUAUUUAAUAGCCAGCAGAACUGGAUGCUUGCAGCAGUGGAUGUUCCGCUUUGUCAAGACCUCCAACCGUUACUUUAUAUUUGAAUUUAAGAUUCUCUGAAAUGUCAAAAUAUUAUCUAUCCAUUAAACACCUCAAGUUUUACAAGCAGAAACUCUGCCUGAAUAUGA